CGUGGGACAGAUCGACUUGACACCGUACGGAACUACAUGUAUGUUUACGAUUAAUUUUACCCACUCAUGGAAAUAUCAGACAAGGAACCUGAAAUAUCUUUGUCGUGGAUCAGAACUUUAUAAAGAACACAGGAAACUGCUGUAAAUGUUUAUGAUAUUCAAUUGUCAAAGACGACACAAUCAGAUUAGAAGAUAAUGGCAAGUUCUUUAUAUGAAUCAACACCAGGGACAACGAAUGCUAACAGGGUUUACCGUGCUGUACUCGGGCCCUGUACAGACGGGCUGCGUGACACACUGUGUUACUAUGUCCCACCACUAAAAUUCCCUAAUGUCAUCAAACAAAACAAACUCAAUCUUCCACGACUGACGGCAGUUCAGCGUGACCUAAUAUUACCUCGUCAUGGAAAUUAUACAGGGUGCUAUGAUGAUGUGGACAUAUCUUUACUGUAUAUCUUGUUGAAGAAUAUAUCUGGCAUAUCUCCUCACUCCAAGGGCUGGGGCAAAGAUCCAGACCACCGUGACACGAGUCUCUCAGCCAACAUCGAGAGAAUUCGAUUGGUCCGGAAUCGUUGUGUUCACUCAUCAGAUCCAUCCAUGUCCAACACAGACUUUAACUCCAUCUGGUCCACCAUUAGAUCAGUUAUGGUAGAUCUGGAUGCCUUUCUUGUGAAUGGAAACAAAUAUGAAAAUAAGGUCGAUUUCCUACGUUAUGAGUCAAUGGACCCCGAGCGUGACCUACAAUAUGAAGAAGAACUGAGGAAGCAGGUGGAGGAAGAUACGAAGACGAGGGAAAUGGUAGUCAACCUUAAGAUUACCAGUCAGAUGUCUCUACAAAGAAAUUUAUUCUUCUGUGGCAAGAUUUAUGCAUCUCGGGUGUCAGGAGCACAGUUAUUUCAAACACUUAGAAUUUUUUAUAUUUGUAUGGCCUUCCUACUAGUCUUAUCUGAAGAAACUGCCGAGGAAACCAGGAGAUUAGAUGGGAGGAUAGAAGACACAUCAGAGAGAGUGGAGAAGUUGGAUGAUAAAAUGGAGAAACUAACAAAGUCUCCCAUUAUUCCACCAAAUGUGAGAGAGCAGUACGAUAUUGACAUUCAGAAAUGGAGGGAGGAAGACAUGCUUUACUAUGAAACCCACAGCUUCCUGUCAGUGAUGCAGAAAGUGCGAAACCAAACUUACGUAACGUUUGUUGGUGUACCGGGGUCUGGGAAGUCUGCGACAGCUCACCACAUCGCCCUCAAGCUCCAGGAGGAAGGUUACGAGGUUGUACCAGUUGACGAAAUCAGAGAGAUAAAGCAAUACUGUGACACAAAGAAUCCACAGGUUUUUGUUAUUGAUGAUGUGGUGGGUGUCUUUGGCCUGCAGAAAACUAAAUUAGAUAUGUUGAUUGAUUAUGGACAGAAAAUAACACAGCCUUGCAUGGUUAGGUCUAGAACUUUGAUGACAUGUAGAGAGGCUGUGUUUAAUGAGACACUACCUUACAAAUCAUUACUUACCAAAGAAGAGAAUGUGAUUAGGUUACACAGUUCUGAUAAUGCAUUAGAUGACAAAGACAAAAAGCAGAUUCUUAAGAAGUAUGGUUUAGAUGUAGAUCUGAUGUCGCCUGCAUUGCUGAAAUCAACAUCUCACAUGUUUCCUCUUCUCUGUAAAUUGUUUUCAAAGGAAACAAAAUUCCAAGCUCUUGGUUCAAAGUUUUUCCUGAGUCCAGUCCAAUGUAUCAUUCAUGAACUUGAUGAUAUGCAAAGGCAUAACAAACUGAAUUAUGCAACACUUGUUUUGUGUAUGUUAAAUGAAAACAGUCUCUCAAAUAACAUUCUAAAAGAUAAACAUUUCAUUGAUGUGAAAAUGAACGUCUUGGAAAAUUGUAGAUUAGAGCACUACACUGAUACUUUCAAGUUUAUGGAUGCUUUGUCAGCAAUGGAGGGGACAUACACAAAACAGUGUGGUGCAAAAUACACAUUUAUACAUGACACCAUGUUUGAAAUCUGUGCUUAUCAGUAUGGAAAACAGUUUCCUGACCAAAUGUUGCUGUAUAUGAAUAGUGAUUAUAUUGCUAAUUAUCUCAAACCAGAAGCAAGUGAACCAGGUAGUUUUAACAAAAUGAAGGGGAAACAGCGUGAUUCUCAAUCUAGAAAGGCGAGUGAGGGUAGCAAUGACAGUGAAGGACAAGAGAAUGAGAGCGAUGAUAAAAACGAUGAGAGAGAGGAAUCGUUUGAUCUGUGUAUAAGAUUAUGUGAGGAUCAGUACCCACUAUUAGCAGAGAGAUUCUACAGAGACAUACAGAACAUGGAGUUGUAUGAUGUUUUCAGGAAUCGGGUUUUAAAACACCCUCAGGUGUGCCAGGCCUUUAUUGAUGUGUUAGAGACAAAGUCAUACACAGAACUGAAAUCCUUAUUUCUGUUCAGUCAGGGAGAGGUAGAUAAGAUAGUGAGUAAACAGAAGUGUGUGGAGGAGGAGAGUGAGGAGAGGAGGGAGUGGGGUGAGUGGGUUAGACAGGGAUUGCUGGUGGAUCAGAGAAAUAAACUAGAUGAUAAAGGAAAAAUAUUAGAUUCUAAAUACACCAACAAUGUGAGAGUGAUCAGCUGGAUGAUUUACUAUGGACAUUAUCAGAUAAUAGAGUACAUAGUACAACAGACCAUGCAACACAAUGAAAUAAGUGAAUUAUUUAGGAUAACAGGAAAUUCUCCAAAUCAAUCUAAAUCUAGGAUAUUUAAAAAGAUUCAGAAUAUGACUCCUAAUAGAAAACAAAAGAAGGUAGAGAAGUAUAGAUUACUUGUGCUGAGUUGUUGUAGUGGUGAUGUACAGACAGUCAGACUUCUACUUCCUAUCUGUAAGAAAACAAUCAAUGGGAUAGGUCAGAUCAGUGAAGAUAUUCAUUGGUAUACUUAUUCACCUCUUCCUCUUACAUGUGCUGUAGGUACUGUAAGUAUAGUGAAGGAGCUGGUGAAGUCGGGGGCUGGUGUGAAUCUACAGGAUAAAUGGGGAAAUACACCACUGAUGAUUGCAUGUGAUAGAGGACAUGCGAGUGUGGUGGAGGAGCUGGUGAAGGCGGGGGCUGAUGUCAAUCUACAUGAUAUGUGGGGGGAGAAUAUACCACUGAUGUUUGCAUGUGAUGGAGGACACGUGAGGGUAGUGGAGGAGCUGGUGAAGGCGGGAGCUGAUGUCAAUAUACAGGAUGCUGACGGGAAUACACCACUUAUUGCUGCAAUAAGAGAGGGUUCUUUAUCAACAGUGAAAUGGCUAGUGGAAUAUGGAGUUGACUGGGUUACUCAGGUUGUUGAUAUCAAUGUAUCACUAAUAUAUAUAGCAUUAAUACGGAACAAACCAGAUAUAGUGAAAUUUCUCAUACAGGAACAAAAUAAAAUAAGUCCAGGUAAAUUGAAUGGAAAUGUACAUCUAUUUAACUGUCUGGUGGACAUCAGACAUGCUAGAGUUAAAACAGACAGUAAGGAUGAUGUAGUGGUGACAGACAGAUCAGUGUGGUGUAUGGGUAGAUUGGGACGUUUGUGGACGACAAUCAUUGCGGGAGACUGUGAUGUACUGAGUCAUCUGUUGUGUGUGGGUCUGGAUGUCAAUCAGUGGAUACAAUUGUAUGAUUACAGAGGCAAGUCUAAUGUGAGACCUCUGUUGUAUACACUGAUUGAUGAGGAGUAUGUUGUUAAUCAAGUGGAUAAGGUGAGAAUCAUGCUGGGGGCGGGGGCUGACGUCAAUGUCAGGGUGAGGCAUAAAGAGUAUGACUCUGUGUUAGACAGGGAGGGUAUGUCUGUCCUAGAGAGGACGAGGCAACUGGUGUGUAAGUACAGUGAUGGUAAAGGUGUAUGGGUAAGAAAUAAGGUACCAGGGUACAGGAAAAUUAUGUGUGAGGUAAACAAACAUGUCAGAAGAUACUCUGUAUAGUCCCUGAUAGAAUUAUAGAGAUAUGUUGUUACUGAGUACAAGACAUAAAGAAACAUAUCAGAAGACACUCUGUAUAGUCACUGAUAGAAUUGUAGAGAGAUGUUGUUACUGAUUACAAGACAUAAAGAAACAUGUCAGAAGACACUCUGUAUAGUCCCUGAUAGAAUUGUAGAGAGAUGUUGUUACUGAUUACAAGACAUAAAGAAACAUGUCAGAAGACACUCUGUAUACUCCCUGAUAGAAUUGUAGAGAAGUGUUGUUACUGUGUACAAGAGAUAAAAGAAACAUAUCAGAAGACACUCUGUAUAGUCCCUGAUAGAAUUGUAGAGAGAUGUUGUUACUAAUUACAAUAAAUAAAGAAACAUGUCAGAAGACACUCUGUAUAGUCCCUGAUAGAGUUGUAGAGAUGUGUUGUUACUGGGUACAAGAGAUAAAGAAACAUAUCAGAAGACACUCUGUAUAGUCCAUGAUAGAAUUGUAGAGAUGUGUUGUUACUGAGUACAAGAAUGUGAUGUGUAAGAUAAAGAAACAUGUCAGAAGACACUCUCUAUAGUCCCUGAUAGAAUUGUAGAGAGAUGUUGUUACUGAUUACAAGACAUAAAGAAACAUGUCAGAAGACACUCUGUAUCCUCCCUGAUAGAAUUGUAGAGAAGUGUUGUUACUGUGUACAAGAGAUAAAAGAAACAUAUCAGAAGACACUCUGUAUAGUCCCUGAUAGAAUUGUAGAGAGAUGUUGUUACUAAUUACAAUAAAUAAAGAAACAUGUCAGAAGACACUCUGUAUAGUCCCUGAUAGAGUUGUAGAGAAGUGUUGUUACUGAGUACAAGAAUGUGAUGUGUAAGAUAAAGAAACGUGUCAGAAGACACUCUCUAUAGUCCCUGAUAGAAUUGUAGAGAGAUGUUGUUACUGAUUACAAGACAUAAAGAAACAUGUCAGAAGACACUCUGUAUCCUCCCUGAUAGAAUUGUAGAGAAGUGUUGUUACUGUGUACAAGAGAUAAAAGAAACAUAUCAGAAGGCACUCUGUAUAGUCCCUGAUAGAAUUGUAGAGAGAUGUUGUUACUAAUUACAAUAAAUAAAGAAACAUGUCAGAAGACACUCUGUAUAGUCCCUGAUAGAAUUGUAGAGAUGUGUUGUUACUGAGUACAAGAAUGUGAUGUGUAAGAUAAAGAAACAUAUCAGAAGACACUCUGUAUAGUCCCUGAUAGAAUUGUAGAGAGAUGUUGUUACUAAUUACAAUAAAUAAAGAAACAUGUCAGAAGACACUCUGUAUAGUCCCUGAUAGAGUUGUAGAGAUGUGUUGUUACUGGUUACAAGAGAUAAAGAAACAUAUCAGAAGACACUCUGUAUAGUCCCUGAUAGAAUUGUAGAGAGAUGUUGUUACUAAUUACAAUAGAUAAAGAAACAUGUCAGAAGACACUCUGUAUAGUCCCUGAUAGAAUUGUAGAGAUGUGUUGUUACUGAGUACAAGAAUGUGAUGUGUAAGAUAAAGAAACAUGUCAGAUGACACUCUGUAUAGUCCCUGAUAGAAUUGUAGAGAUGUGUUGUUACUGAGUACAAGAAUGUGAUGUGUUAGAUAAAGAAACAUGUCAGAUGACACUCUGUAUAGUCCCUGAUAGAAUUGUAGAGAUGUGUUGUUACUGAGUACAAGAAUGUGAUGUGUAAGAUAAAGAAACAUGUCAGAAGACACUCUGUAUAGUCCCUGAUAGAAUUGUAGAGAUGUGUUGUUACUGAGUACAAGAAUGUGAUGUGUGAGAUAAAGAAACAUGUCAGAUGAAACUCUCUAUAGUCCCUGAUAGAAUUGUAGAGAUGUGUUGUUACUGAGUACAAGAAUGUGAUGUGUGAGAUAAAGAAACAUGUCAGAAGACACUCUCUAUAGUCCCUGAUAGAAUUGGAGAGAGAUGUUGUACAAGAUAGAGAUGUGUGAAUCUGUUUUUGUACUAUACAUGUUUAUUAUCCUUAAAAUCAGUAUCUAGUAAUUCUAGUACUUGGAUGAUUAAAAUAAAUAAUUAUAGACACUACAUGUGUAUUUGUUCAACAA